UGGCAUUCGUCCUGUUGCUUUCACUUCCCCCUCUGGCCUUCUGCCUCAGUGAGCGUGGUAACUUCCUCCUCCGGUCCUCUGUCACCUUUUGACUGCUCUGUGGGGACUUUCAAUUCACAAACUGGAUCUAGUCUUGAAACUGGGAGCCCUUCAGUCAGGAUGCAGCAGAACGUGUGAGCUGUGGGUCUUCUCUGGGUUUGGUCGUGAUGGCAGAACCUCCAGGGGGCGCUGGAGACCCAGCAAAGAUGAACUGGUUCAGUCCAGGUGAAUUCUCCAGUUUAACCACUAAGGAGCUGCAGCAGAACCUGCGACUGGAGAAGCGCAGGGAGCGACCCGUCCAGCUGUUGUUUGAGAUCCCGUCGUCUCGGAUUGUCCAUCAGGCCAUUAGCAAACAUGUGGUGCAUGAAGUUGUGGUGAUGCGCUCCGGCAGCUUUGACUCUCGCCGGGUUUCUGUGGAGAGGCGCUACAGUGACUUCCGUGAGCUCCACCACAAACUGCAGGAGGAGUUUAGGGAGGAAUUGGAGGAGGUGCAGCUCCCCCGUAAGCUUCUGACCAGGAACUUCAGCCUCGAAGCCAUGUCAGAGCGGCGGCUGGCUCUCCAGGACUACCUGUCGCAGCUCUUUGCUCUGCGCUGCAUCAGGCACUCUCCCCUGUUUGCUGAGUUUUUCACCACACAGGAGCAAAGGCAAGCGCAUGUGCUGCUGAGAGCGGGCCAGUUCAAGGCAGCUCUGGAGCUGCUGCAAACUAUCCUGGAGAUCCAGGACAAGCUGCUGCUGUGGCAGAAGCCCACCCUGCAGGUACCGACCCUGUCAGCGCUUGUGGUGUGUUACCGGGACCUGGACCAGCCAGAGGAGGCCAUCUGCACUGCUAACAGAGUGCUUCCAAUAGUCAGACGCUACGGGCUGCGGGUCUACAGAGCUGCACUGCUGGAGCUGAUGGUGGACCUGGGAUACCAACUGGGUCAACCUGUGGCCCAGCUACAGGAGGAGCUGACUGUCUUGAGAGACUCUGAGAGGGGAGAGGCAACGCAGCGCUCCCUGAAGGAAGUGGUGAUCAGCAACUUCAUCUGAGAGGAUUAUUUAAUAUGUCAUUGAAAAAAAACAGCCGAUACACGGCCCAGAUGGAUCAGUUUGUGAUGAACAAACAUUCUUGUAAAAGUUGAUAGUUUUUUAGAUAAGGGUUCUCUAGAGUUCAAUAUGUUCCUUUUAAUCAAACGCAUUGUUGUUCAGGCUUUUAGUGACAACACUGAGACAUUCUAUGACCUGUGUUUUAUAGUUUGCUUUAUGAUCUGACUUUUACUAUUAUAUAUUAUAUUAUUAUUAUUAUUAUAUUUUAUUGUAUCUUAUUUUAUUUUAUUUGUUUGAACAAAAAUAGGCUAUUUUGAUACAAUCAGUGGUUGUCAUGAAGUAGCUUACAAAUAAAGUUUUUUGAAUCCAC